AUGGCAGUACUCUCCUCUAUAGAAGGUCUGUCCUCGAGCAUGGCCUCUUGCAUGUUCGUGAAAUUACCCAUUCCCGAAGGAGACCUUUCUCAAGAGACUAUUGUUGUGACCGGAUCAAACCAAGGGCUAGGAUUCGAGGCCAGUCGCCAUUUUCUGCGCCUCGGCGUGCAUCGACUUAUCAUGGCUGUCCGCAACAUGAAAAAAGGAGAAGCUGCAAGACUGGAACUUUUGCAAUUGACUGGUCGGGAUCCAAGCACAAUUGAGGUCUGGGAGCUGGACAUGGACAGCUAUACUUCGGUCAAGAAUUUUGCCGCGCGUGCGAAAACUCUCCCGCGCCUCGAUGCUCUUCUUGCCAAUGCUGGCCUCGCGACUGAGACCUUUGAGAUGGUAGAAGACAAUGAAAGGACAAUUACUGUCAAUGUUGUCAGUACUUUCUUGCUUGUUAUACUGCUUAUUCCGAAAUUGCGGGAAUCAGCGCAACGAUAUUCGAAGAAUACUCGCGUUAGCAUUGUCAACUCGGCUCUUCAUUAUAUCGCUCCGUUAAGUGAGAUCGAAGGUGAUGGCACGUCGGACAUAUUCUCUCGUCUUAACGAUGAGAGAACCGCACAAAUGGGGUUGCGGUAUCCUUUGUCGAAAUUGCUGGUGCUUUUUGGAGUGAGGGCAUUGGCCGACCGGCUAUGCAAAGAAGAGCCUUUGGUCAUUUUGAAUGCACCAAACCCCAGCUGGUGCAAGUCACAGUUGAUGCGCGAGAAUGAAAGUUUCGGCGUGCGAGUUGGUGAACGAUUCAUUGCUCGUAGCACGGAAAUGGGCAGCCGAGCUUUAGUUCAUGGGAUAUUAUCGGGCCCUGAAAGCUCUGGGCAGUAUAUUGACAAUUGUCAAAUCAAACGCCCCUCGUGUAUCGUCACCAGCCAGAACGGCACAACUAUCGAGAAAGCAUUUUUCAAAGAGCUUAUUGGAAAGAUAGAGAAAAUUUCACCAGGGACAACGGUUGCCUUUGGCUUGAAUGAGUAG